GCCAAUUUAGGGAUCUUGGCUUGAAUGAGAUCUUCUUUUGAGAUCCUGCCCUGAGCCCACAUCCAGCCCAAACAUAUAAAGAUUAUAUUGAAAUCGCAUGAUCCUAUUCGAAUUCUUCUGCACCAUACACCCCAUCCCGAGGCUGAAACAGAACCAGAAUUAUGUAUCGCCGACUUCUCUGACGAAGUCCUCUCCUCCGCACAGGAAACCUUGACAGACGACGGUUACAUGGUAGAUACAUUUCAUGUGGAUGUUUAUAACUAUGCAUCCGUCAGCGGCUUUGCACAGGCUGCUGCAUCGCAAGGACCCAUCGAAGCAGGUAUCCACACAGCCGGCUUGUCACCAUCCGCAGGCAGUGCACAAAAGAUCCUUGAAGUCGAUCUCCUCGGCACCGCCAACGCUAUCGAUGCAUUCUUCGAAUAUGGCUGGUCACAUGGGAUCAGGCUUGCUAUCGGAGCUCGAGCCGACCACCAUGGGCCUGCACGGACAUAUGGUCUGUCAGAGCGCGGAAAUAUACUUCGCGUCCAGGCUGCCGCUAAAUUAAAUUCUAUUGGCCCUGGAAUCAAUGGUCCAGCUGGGAAAUGUAUUGCCAGGAGCCCUGUUGGUCGUGUGGGCACGCCGCAGGAUGUUGUGAGUGCUGUGGCAUUUUUGGCUAGUUCGAAGUCGUCUUUAGUUACAGGCAAUGAUAUACUAGUGGAUGGUGGGGUCGUGUCAUCAUCGAAGUGGGAUAGUUCAUAAGCCAGAGUAUCAGGUACUAUCAUUGAG